AUGGUAUUCUGCGUUGCGGCCUCCUUGUCGAAUCAGCAAGGCUCUGCAUGCUUGCAAGACGGCCGCUCUGUACUGACGAAUCGACAUAACGACGCGAAUGUGAGGAGAGCAAGUUUUGGCAGUACAGUCCGCUCGUGUGGCACACGAGCAUUUUCAUACCGCACAGCCAUAUUGCCUUAUUACGACGAACUCCGCAUCAGAGGAACAGGCUACGCUAAGGUCCGGCUUCUCAGGACGAUCAGAAUUGCGAGAUGCUAG